AUGGGAGAUUUCGGCUGGGCCACCUUCUCCAAAGCCUCCACCUUCGAGGCUGCCAGCAGCGGAUUGCAGGUCUCCCCUUGUGCCCUGGCGCUGUCGACCAGCGCCGGCGCCUGCCUCUCCGAGACCGGCGUCUGGGGGGCGCCAGUGCCGCUGGGCGCGGCGGUCGUCGCCGGGGGCCUGGGUGCGCUGCUCGGCGCCCUCGCGGUGCUGCUGGCGCAGGUGACCGUCUGCGCGUGCCUGGUGUCGGUGCGGAUUGGCCCGCGGGGUCUCUGGAAGACCGCGCCGGCGCCUUCGCGAGCCGAGCGGCAGGAGCAGCUGGCACCCGUCGUGGACGCGCCCGUGCAAGCAGGGGACGCAGUGUUCCUCGACUACGGGGAGGCAGAGGAACCGUGGCAUGAGAGGCUGAUCCUCGCGUCUUUGGGCGGGGCGAAGUACCUGGUGCUGACCCCCGACGAGGACAUGUACGAGGAGGAGAUCGACGCGCGCAGCGUGGCCGACUUCCGUCAGGCGGGCCCGCGAGGCGGCUUGCCGGCCGGCCUUGGAGCAGCCGAGGGCCAGCCGGUCUACCGCUUCACGGAGCGGCCGCGCGGCGCUGCCUUGCAGUCGUGGAUCGACGCGGCGGAGGAGCAGGCCGUGGAGCUGCGCGCGGCGCGGGGGCUCGCCGAGGAGCCUGAGCCUCCGCCCUUGGCUGACGGGGGCGCGCCCUCGGGGGCGGGCGCCGCGGGCUCCGGCUCGACUGGCGAGCGGGCCGACUGGGUCUGCGUGGUCCCCGAGGGCGACGUCAGGCGGGGCGCGGUGCACUCGCUCCCGGACUCGCUCGACACGCCGUCGGAGGACUUCGUGGCGUUCGGGCAGCACGGGCUCUACGACCUGGGCCGUCGCGGCAGGUCGGCGGUCCUGGUCAGGCCGGCGCCGGGCGAGACCGCGGACGAGGCCUUGCGGACCUUCGCGGCGUCCGCGGUGCCGGGCGCUGUCGGGGGGACGCGGGCGCCGCCACCCGCCGAGUGUGAGUUCGAGGACUGGGCGCUGUCGGGCCCCCGCACUGCCUCGCACGUGGCGAAGGAGAUUGCCAGGCAAAGCGGGGGCCCGGUCCAGCGCCACACCACGUGGAAGCACGAGAACAAGCUCAACGACGACGAGCAUAGCGUGGUGGCCCACGAGAUGUUGUCGGAGAUUUUGGAGUUGGCUUGCACCUACGACCAGGUCGACGUGGCCAACCUGGCGAGCAUGGAGGCGCUCGCGAGGCACCUGCAUUUCCUGGAGCACAAGGUCAAGAAGAAGAAGGAGACGAUCAAGGAUUUCGACUCCCAGGACUACUACCUGGGACGCACCAGGAGGACGGGCGGGGCUAUCAUCAGCCCGGAGCUGCUGAAGUGGGUCGCGGAGUCCGCGGCCCGGGACUCGGCCAUCUUGAAGGAGGCCGUGUCGGACGACAAGCCGCCGGACGACGCCCCCAGCCCCGAGGCAGCCCUCGUGGAGUUGCUCGGCAUGGGUAGUCUGGGCUAUGGCCCCGACGGCCCCACUGUGGUUGCGCCGUAUGAUCGCGGCUUGGUUUCGUGGCCUGAGUCGGCGGGCUGUGUCAGCUUGCUGGAGGUGCUGCCGGAGCCAGACCGCCAGGAGGUGAUCGACGGUAGGAAUUCGAUGAUGCUUCGCGCUGAGGAGGUUCGCCCAGGCGCCACCAAGGUGUACUGGGAUAAGACCUUGCAAUCCGACACAGACGAGUACCAGCGGUUCGUGCAGGACCUGCUGGCCCGCGACAUGGUGGAGCUGCGGACUCGUCGCGAGUUUGAAGUGGGAGUCUUCUUUGUGAAGAAGAAGUCGGGCCGUCUGAGGCUCAUUGUGGACGCUCGGGCUGUCAACCAGGCGCUGAAGCGGCCGCCGACGAUUCACAUGGCGUCCACCGCGGCGCUAGUGAACAUGGACAUCGCGGACUGCUUCUACCAGUUCCGCGCGCCGGACUACAUGGUGCCGUGGUUCGGCAUGCGCCCGCUCAGAGCGAGGCAGCUGGGCGUGAUGGUGGUCGACGGCCUCGCGGUCUCAGAGGGGGCGUGGGUCUGCCCGUGCCUGCGGGUGCUGCCCAUGGGCUUCGCGUGGGCCAUGCGCUGGACGCAGCAGGCGCACCGCGAGCUGCUGCGGCGGGGAGGUCUCGGUGGCAUCGAGAGCGAGCUGGUGGACAGGCAGAUCGCUCCGAGCGUGGACUCUCCUCAGGUGCCGAGGGUCGUCUACGUGGACAACGAGAUCUUCGUCUCGUCGCGACCGGGCGCCACCCGGGGUGCGAGGAGGCAGGCAGCCAAGGUGAUGACCGAGGCCGGGCUGCCACUGCACGAGGUCGAGGAGAGCAAGACGGUCGUGGAGGCGCUGGGCCUGGAGCUGGACGGCCUCAAGCUGCGGGCGCGGCUGGCGCGGGCCAAGCGCUGGAGGCUCGGGCUGGGCACCCAGGAGCUAGCCAACGCGCUGCACCUCAUGCCGCUGCUGGCCGUCCAGUUCGAUCUGCCGUGGUCCGGGCGCGUCGCCUGCUCCGAUGCCACGCUGCGCGGCUAUGCGGUGCAGGAGGCCGACAUGAAGCCGCCAGCCGUGCGGGAGGUCGGGCGCUGGCAGCUCUGCUCGAGCGCCCGGGUGAGAGUCUACACGAGCGACCUCUACCUCCUCCUCCGCCGGGGCUCCCAGGUGCUGACCCCAUGGGCCCCCAAGGUUUACAUCAUGUACACCCAGCUCUGCCUCUACGGGUUCCUGAAGGCCUCAGUGGUGCCCCUCGUCGUCAAGUGCUUCGGGAUCUACCUCUGGCUGGGGCCCAUGGGGCUGCUGGGGCCGCUGCUGAGGGCUACUUGGGCGAGGCGGCUGCUGCUGCGCUGGACGCCUGGCGACGCCGGCCCGCUGGAGAGGCCGCCGAGGCUUGCUCGAGCGCUUCCCGAGAGGGAUGCGUUCGCGCGAGCGAUCGAGGCGGCGAGGGCGCGGUCGGUCGGGACUGGUGGACUCACGACGCUGGAGCAGGAGAGCAUCACCCAGAAGACGAGGCAGGACUACUCGAGGAGGCUGGAGCGGUUCGACGUCUUCUGCAAGACCCACGGACUCACCACGGCGAGCGACGUCGAGCUGGAGGAGGCCGUGGUGGAGUACAUGGAGCUGCAGUUCAGCCGGGGGGAGCCGUCGAACAGCGGGGCCAAGCUGCUGGCCGCGAUAGGGCAUCGCGACCCAAGGCUGCACCACGCGGGCAGGCUGCUGAAGCUGCCCCGCGUGGCGAGGGCGCUGCAGGGCUGGCGGAGGCCGGUGCCGCCGCUGACGCGGGCGCCCGCGCCUUGGGCGGCGGUGGCAGCCAUCGCGGUGGCCCUGAUCUACCUCGGCCAGCGACGCGCGGCCCUCGGCGCGGCGCUCGCGGCGGACGCCUACCUGCGCCCAGGGGAGCUGCUGACCCUCAGGGCGGACCACGUGGUGCCGGCGCAACCGCAUGCCGGGGGGGACUACUGCUUCACGUCCCUAGUGCUGCGGCCCGAGGAGGAGCUGCAGUCCACCAGGACCAGGGGCUUCAACGACUCGAUCCUGCUCGACAGCCCCGCGAGGUCUUUUCUCGGGCCCCUGCUGGAGCAGGUCGCUUUCCAGUCACAGCCGAUGGAGCUCCUCUUUCCGUGGUCGGGCGCGGCCUUCAAUGCCAUGUUCAAGGAGGCAGCCGCGCUCGUCGGGCUCGAGAGCUGGGAGUUGACGCCGUGCAUCCUUCGCCACUCCGGGCCGUCUCACGAUCGGCUCACCAAGGCAAGGAGCCUGGAGGCCAUCAAGCGCCGAGGCCGCUGGGCGUCCGACCUCAGCGUCAGGCGCUACGAGAAGGGCUCCAGGGUGAUGCGCCGCCUGGCCUCGCUCGACCGCGGCCGGCAGCUGGUGCUGGCCGAGGCCGACCGACUGCUCGAGGGCGCCCUGAAGGACGGGCGCAUCAACGGCUUCGCGCGGCUGCUCCAG